UUCACUCUUGAGCUCUGUCAAAUAAAAGGAAGUAAUGUGUAUGCCUGCAUUAUUUCGACGGAACCAUUUACAAGAGACAGAGGUUUCCUCCUAUGGUCUACAGCCCCUCUUACAUUACACUAGCAAAUUAGUAAUGGCAUUUUUACCUAGAGCCUUUCUUCUACUGCUUCUGGCAGUAGUUUGUAUUCAACUGAGUGGAGUUCUAGCUGAUGGACCUGACAGGUGCUGGUGUUUGAACAGUUUGAAGAAACAUGUCCCAAGAGAAGAUAUUGAAGAGUUCUCUAUUUUCCCCAGAAGAUCACAUUGUGACAGCGCUGAAAUCAUACUGACACUGAAACCUGUGAAUAACUCAUCUGAAGUCAUCCAGCGCUGCUUGAGUCCAGAAACAAAACAAGGCAUUAACCUGCAGCUUUGUUGGAACAGGAGGAACAUCAACAAGACCUCCACAUUUAAGAUGUCCAACUGUUUCUAAAGCCAUACAUUAAAGUGCAGAAGAAGAAAAAGGGAGGACAGAAGGGGGGAUCUGGGAACUCCAGAAACUCUUGUGAGUGAAAUUCCAUCUUGUCACAUGACCCUGCUGGCCAAUCAGAAUCCUGGGAUUUAGGUGUUGGUCUCAUGUUGCUGUUGGGAAACCACAGAAGACUUGAAAACACUCGGACCACUGUCAGUAUCCGCCGGACACAGAUGUUGUCGACAAACACAUUUGGAUUAGAAUUCACUUGCGAUAUGACUGAAGCACUGAAUUGAUCAUUACUCCAAGCAGUAUUUAGAUAUUAAAGUGGUUUUAUAAUUUUACAUAUUUUAUAAAUGUACAAAUUUAAAAUGUGUUACUUUUAUCUGACCAGGCCAUUUAAUGUUAGAUGUGAUAUGUUCGGACUGAUUGGGUCACAUAGUUUCUUGGGCAUGUAAUUUUAUUGCACACAAAGUACAUUUGUAGUACCAACAAAAUAAAGACCUUUUCCAUGAAA